CCCAUAAUAUUCCCUCAGCUACUUAUUAGUAUUGCAACAUAAAAUAAAUCAAUCUAAUCUAAUUUUUUGAUGCAAUCCAGUCCAGAAGUGUACGCAGUAAUUGUUUAAAAAAGAACACACCGUGUGACUCGGGUCAAAGUCUUUAGUUUUAAUGUCUUCUUUUUAAUCUUUGGACUUUGGCUGAACAGCUUCGUAGUCUGAGGGGAGAACCGACUCAGAGAUACAACAGAAUUCCAAGAUGUUUUGCCUGAAUCGUGGACUGUUCAGUUCCAUCAGAGGUUCUGUGUUCCAGCACAUGGUGGUCCUCCUUCUGACAGGCUGUUUUAGAGGACAGGCUCAGAGGGUUCCACCAUCUCUGAGAAUGGUGACAUUAGUUGGUGAAGACGUGGUGCUGCCGUGCCUCCUGGAACCUCCCCUGGAUGCUGUUUCAAAGAGCGUGGAGUGGGCGAGACCUGACCUGGAGCCCAGAUUUGUCCAUGUGUGGUAUGAAGGUCGAGACCUCCUGGUGAACCAAAACCCGUCUUACAGAGGCAGAACAUCAGUGUCCAUCAACAAACUGAAGCAGGGAGACCUUUCACUGCUUCUGUCUGCAGUGAAAGUCUCUGAUCAUGGACUCUACAGAUGCUACUUUCCCCAAAAAAGUAAAGAAUCCACUGUUGAGCUCAUUGUUGGUUCUGUCUCCACACCUGUCAUAUCAACGACUAAAUACAACAGCAGUUCUAUAGAUUUACAGUGUAACUCUACAGGCUGGUAUCCAGAACCUGAGGUGUUCUGGCUGGACGGUGAGGGAAACCUCCUCUCUGCUGGACCUACAGAGACAGUCAGAGGUCCUGAUGACCUCUAUACUGUCAGCAGCAGAGUGACUGUGGAGAAGAGACACAGCAACAGCUUCACCUGUAGAGUCACACAGAACCACAUCAACCAGACCAGAGAGACUGAAAUCAAGCUUUCAGCUGUCUGUUUCGAGGCCACAUCUUGUUCUGCUCAUGUUGCUGUUCUAGUGGUUUUUGUGCUCCUUGUUAUUCUUGCAGCAGCCUGUGUUGUGUGGAAAUGGAGACAAAACCAAACCAAAGAGACAAAGAUGCACAGAGAGGAUCCAACUGAAAAGACAGAAAGAAAUCAGCUCAUGGGAGACAGAGAGAACAUGGAUAGGUUGCAGGAGAGACUGGUAAGACUUGAAGAGGAGUUAAAGAAGAAAGAGGAGAUGUUACAGAAGAAAGAUGAGAGGUUGAAGAGGAAUGAGGACUUUGAGCAGGAGGUUCAUAAUAAACUGACUGAACAAAGUGAGGAACUGCAACAGCAGAAAGACAAACUGAGACAACAAGAGGAGGUCAUGGAGACAAACAUUAACAAUAUGGAGAAAGAGAUCCAGUCAGUGGAGAAGAUGGCAGAAGGUGAACGAUUCUACAAAAUGAAAGAAAUCACAUUAACUGCCAAAACUCAGCUGAACAAGAGAAGACAAGAAGAUGAAAAGCUUCAGCUACAAACAGAGACAAUACAGAAGAAAAAUCAUGAAAUGUUAAAUAUGAUCACAGACAGGAAGAAGGAGGAACCACAAGAAGAAAGUCAGUGAGCAGCUGCAGCAGAUUCAGAGGAAACACAUUAUUAGAGAGUCACUUAAGUCUCAAUAUUUUAUGGUGCUGAUAAAGAACAUGUUAAGUGUAAUCAUAAUAUAAUUCUGAAAAAAGUUUGCAAUUAUGACUUUAUUUUGGCUUUGAUCAAACCAUAAUAUCAUGAUUUAUUUCUCCAAAUGUUAAUUAAUUAUCCAAAUGAUUGUGUGUGCAUAUUUUUUGUGUAUAUUUCAUUUUUUUUUACUGUUUAUGGUUUGUUUUUUCCUUGCAACAUCUUAUAUAAAGCUUAAAAUGCAUUAAAUUAUUUUAUUUUAUUUUUGUGUGAUGAUAGCUUCACGCCGCAGCUCCUUUUUAUUUUGUGAGAGAUAUUAAUUAAAGCAUUAAAGUAAAAUUAUGCUCUCUGUCCAGAAGCAGACAAUCAAUGCAGCUUAAUUAUCUAUUAUUAUUAUAUUCUGCAGUAAAGGAUAUUAUAUCACAUACAGCAGAUUAUUGAACUCAUUAGUACAUUUUUAAUGAGACCAUUUAUUCACAUUCUCUAUAACUUAUCUACAGCACAUUUACAGCAAGUGAUGAAAGACUCAUCAGCUGUUCAAAACCACAGUGUGUGAUCAUAGUUCUCUGUGGAGACGCUCAGGUUAUUGUGCACAGCGUCUGUCAGGGUCACACUAAACACACAAUGUAAAGGAAUAUAAUUCUACAGAGACUGAAGGGUAUAAAAGCACGAUUCAUAUUUUGACCUGUAUUCACCUUCAUCUCAUGACCAUACUGUGGUCACAGCACAUUGAAGAUCUGCUGAAGGGUUUUAUGAAAAUAUAGCAAGUUCAAGAAGUUAAAUCAGACAAACUAGACAGAGUCACUUUUCAUACACAUACGACGAGGCAUACAAAGCCAGAAUAAGUGAUCUUCUGUCCAGAACUUAAAACAUUAUUCAUAUAGUCACAGCAUCUCUCUCAUCAAGAUGACAGAAGCAGCUGAACAACAGACAGAAAGCUGCCCCACAAAGACAAAUAUCAGAUACUGACUCAAACUGGGAAAAACUGGCUCAAAAUGUUCUGACUGUCCAGUCAGAUGCAUUGUCAGCAUUCAUGUGCCAAUUAAAUAUGCACCGUCUCUUAUAAAUCAUCACCAGU